UCCUCCUCAGAGAGUCUCUCAGUGGCAUCACGGUGGUGGUGAAAUCUUUGGGGAUGGGUUUUCAUCUUCCCGUGGACGGGAUCCGCUCCCUCAGUCUGAAAGAGAUCCAGGAUCUCUACAGAGAGAACCAGAAUAUCAUCAGCACAGCAAAGCAUCAUGGGUACGAGGCGAUCGACACAUUCAGCAUCACGAUGGGUCGAUACAAAGAGUUCCUGCAGGGUCGAUGUGCCUGCCACUUCCAUGAGGUGGAGAAGAGGUUCUGGUCCUCCAGGCUCUCAGACGACACGACGUCCACGACCAACAGAACCGGAUCCUUCAGAACCGCACCUGAACUCAGCAGCCUAUCGGCCACGCGGGACACGGACCAGGAGGCGUGGCCUAAAGCCUCGUCCUAUCACGUGAGAGGAGCGGUGAACCAGGUGUACUCUGAGAUCCUGCUGAGCCGUCUGUGUCCCAGAGACGAGCACUGAGACAGGUGGACUCACAGGUGUGACUGUGCUUUUCAAAAUAAAAGCAGGCUCUUAAAGUGACAGAGUUUAAACAAAACAAACAGCAUCUGAUCACAAAAUCACCACAACAUUUAUGAGCUAAAGUCCCUCCAGAGUUCUCUCAUCUACAUUUCGUAAAGAAUAUAAACACUGCCGAGUUUCUCUCAAAAACUCCAUAGAGAAUUUAUAAAGUUACACAGAAUUAUAUUUUAUAUAAUUAAAAUCUGAACCAGCUUCUUCCUGAAGCUCCACCUGCUGGUUUCUGCUGCAGAUACAUCAGUAAUGAGCUCUUAAUGCGCCACGAGCUUCUGAGGCAGCACAGCUGAUUGUAGUGAGCAUCAGCUGCUCUCUGACUCGUCCCUCGCUCGUCCCUGACUCGUCCGUCACUCGUCCCUGGCUUGUCCCUCGCUCGUCCCUCGCUCGUCCCUCGC